AGUUGAUAGAAGUAUGCAGGGGUGUGGGUUUUGUAUAGGCUGUUAUUCUGCGUCUGUGUGUUUUGAGUUGACCAAGAUGUGCAUAUAGAGGAUGUCCAGAAGUAGUUGAAUAGUAUCGUGGAGCGAGGAUGGAACAAACCAAUAAAGCGAAGCUAUGCUAUGGAUAGUCUGUUAAGUUCUGUCAGAAACUAAGCAGAAGGGAACAAUUGUCAGUAGAUAAUAUUAUUAGAAAUCUGAGAAGCAGGAGUUAAGACAACUAGGAAUUAAGAUGAUUCGCUUGUUAAGCUGCGCGUAAGAAUCUUUCUAGGCAGGAUUGCAAGGGACCAAGUUUCAGCUUGAUAAUCAGCUGAAAAACAAGUAAAAUUAUUGUCUCCGCCGUUGACGAUGGCUGAUGUUGCCGGAAGUUCUUCAGCUCCGGCGAAGAAUGACAAGCCAGUUUUUGUGAGGGUUAAGCGCAAGGCGUUUCAGUCACCACUCGAUGCUUUUUGGCUUGAAAUUAAUGACAGACCCAUGAAACGCCCGUUGAUUGAUUUUGAGAAGCUGUCUUUGUCUCAGUCAUCCACAAAAGUAGCAGAGGUGAAGACCAAGAAGAUCUUUGUACAGCAUAUUGAAACACUUAGCGAUUCUGAGGUGAAGGUUGAUGUGCUGCGGUCAUUUGUGCCUGACGCAUUGAACAUUGCGGACUCUGUUAAUAACAGUGAAGAAAAGAGACGCACAUUCAAAACAGAGAAUAAACAUGAGCAGCUACUUGGAAAAGCUAAGAAGGAGCAUGAGAUUUUCUCAAAAAGUGCUCGUUUUGAGCAAGUCUGGAGAAAACGAAAAGGGACAAAAGAGGCAAAUCAUGAUGAAGCACUUGAGGAGAUGUGUCAUCUGUAUGAUGUUGUACGUGUUGAUGUUCCAGAAACAACUCAUGAAGAGAAAGAGUACAGAAAUGCAGAAAUGGAAGAUGAGGAUUAUAUGACGUUGUCCUCUUUUCUGCCCCUGUUAAGAGAGUGCAUCCCUGAUGCUGCUGCAGAACUUGAAUCUGAGAUCGAUAAUCACAUUUUCAAAUCGGCAGGUAAAGAUGACUAUGUAUAUGAUUUGUAUGCUGUGAAGGACGAUACAAGUAUGAUGUUGGAAGAUGCCUUAAAUCCAUUUCCUUUGGUACAAGUGGAUGAUAACAAUGAUGAUUUUUAUGAUGGCCCUGAUGACAUAGAAAACGAAAGUGAUGAUUCAAAUGCGGAAGAUAAUGCCAGAACCGACUACCCGGAUGAGGAGACAUCCAGCAAUGAGGAAACUCAAAGCGAAAAUUCUGAUGACAUAUCAGAGGAUGAUGAAAAGUCUGUUAGCGAUGAUGAAGCUUUGCAACCUGAAAAAUCAGACAAAGAUGUUUUCUUUGAAGAAGGAUCAGGACAAGAGGAUUGCUUCGAGUAUGACAGCUAUGAUGAUGAUGGUGAUUACAACUAUCACGAGGAUGAUGAGUUUAAGUAGCUCUGGGCUUGUGCUUGCUGAACAUAGUAUGUGGAGUAUUAUGAAAAUAUCUAACUCUUUUAUGUAAUUAGGUUAAGUAGCCUUGACUUUCCUAAAACUUGUUAUCAGACAUAAUAUUAUAUCGUUAUGCUUGUGAGGAGUUCCACUUUAAAUUUUCCAGAAUUUAUAUAUCUUUCUGUUAUUAUUUA